CGUGGAGCAGAAGAAGAAGAAGAAGAAGAAGAGAGAGGAAAAGAAGGAAAAGAAGGAGGAAAAGAAGGAGGAAAAGAAGGAGGAAAAGUUGGAGUAGCAGAAGCAGUGGAAGGUGAAGGAGGCUCGGCGGACGCACAUGGCUCGAUGACAUGAUGGUCCAACCCUUGUCCCCUCCCCCGUCCACCCGUCUCCUCCCUGUUGUCCUUCACCUCCUCUUUUUCCUCCCUCCCUCCCUUGUCUCCUCCUCCCUUCCCCACCUCCCUCUGAGCUGGACCUCGCCCCAUGACCCCUGCUACCACCUGGACGGCCGUCCUCGUCACUGCCUGUCGGAGUUCAUCAACGCCGCCUACGGGGUCCCGGUCAACGCCACCCGCUCGGGCCUCGACCAUGACGACAACGUGACGGCUUUGACGGAUCUGCACAACCCUCAUAACCUGACCUGCUGGACAGCCCCCGAAGGUCUGAACGCCGGAGACCGGGUCCUGACGCUACCCCUGGGGCGCCGCUUUGAGAUCACCUACAUCAGUUUGCAGUUCUGCCACCAGGGGGAGCCCUCAGACCCGAUCUCCAUCUCCAUACUCAAGUCCAUGGACUUCGGGCGGAGCUGGAGGCCGAUGCAGCACUACUCCGCCGACUGCCCCGGACACUUUGGCCUUCCAACACUGACGGUGGCCCAGACCCGGCACCAGGAGACCGAGCCCCUCUGCUCAGAUCCUCGACCUCUGCAGAAGCAGCGGGGGGGCAUGGUGUUGGCCUUCUCCACCCUGGACGGACGACCCUCUUCUCCAGACUUUGACUACAGCCCCACCCUCCAGGACUGGGUCACCGCCACCGACAUACGAGUGGUUUUCCACCAGGUCUCCAAAAAAGUUGGCAGCUCGGAAAAGAUUAAAGGUCCACAAGGUCCAGAUGGGUCCGAUGAAAACAGAGAUGGGGUUUUGAGGUGGAGACCUGGUUACAAAGGCCACAACGGAGAUCAGGUAGAGAAGACAAACACUGGUAAUACACUGGACAGUGACUCGAGUAAGAUUAAAACCAGGAACAAAGGAGACAAACUGGACAAACAUGGAAGGAAAGGUCACGAUAAGGAUGGACACAACGUGACCAGCAAAGACGAACGGGACAGUUUCAGCGCCGAUUUACUGACUUCAUCUAAAAAGGGCGGGAAAGGCAGAGGCCGUGGCCGUAAGGACAACAACCACUGGCUGCCUUGCCCAGACGGAGGCUGUAAUUGGAAAGUCGAGGGGCGGAGCCAGACCAGUAAAGGGCGGGAACUGAGGAAGAGGAGGAACAAUAACCUCAAUACGAGACAAAGCGUCAGGAGCAUCCAAAUGACGCCCACGUUCACGUUCACUGGACCUGGUCCGGUUCCUCUGGCCCUUUCGGACCUGCAGGUCGGAGGCCGAUGUAAAUGUAAUGGACACGCCUCCAAGUGUCGCCGUGACGACGCAGGCCGGGCAGUGUGCGUGUGCGAGCAUCACACGGCGGGGCCGGACUGCGACGUAUGUGAGGAUUUCUACUUGGACCGACCGUGGCACCGAGCCACGCCCACGCACCCCAACCCCUGCAUCGCCUGUGAAUGUAACGGCCAUUCCAACAAGUGUCGCUUCAGCAUGGAGGUGUUUCAACAGUCGGGCCGGCGAAGCGGCGGCGUCUGCCAGAAGUGUCGACACCACACGGCCGGACGCCACUGCCAGUACUGUCAGAACGGAUACGCCCGAGACCACAGCAAACCGCUGAACCACCGCAAGGCCUGCCAACCCUGCCAGUGCCAUCCUCUGGGCGCCGUCGGACGCUGGUGUAACCAGACCUCAGGUCAGUGUCUGUGUCGAGAGGGCGUGGCCGGCCUUCGCUGCAACCGCUGUGGUCCAGGAUACCGACAGGGGACGUCCCCUCUACGGCCCUGCAUACGUGUUCAGGAGGCGGAGCCAACUCCGCUGUACCAGCCUCAGUACAGCAUCGCUGAACAGUGUGUGUCCUACUGUCGACCUGCUCAGGUCAAAGUUCACAUGAACCUGGAAACCUACUGUCAGAAGGACUACGUUCUGAAGGUCCAGUUCCGGGCCAUGGAACGUUCCGGACCCUGGUGGCAGUUCUCCAUCUCCGUCCAGACCGUCUAUCGGACCGGGUCCACGUCCCGGGUCCGCCGAGGGUCCCGGUCCCUUUGGGUCCCGGACCGCGACCUGAGCUGCGGCUGCCCCGCCCUCCAGGUGGGCCGGACUUACCUCCUGAUCGGCGCUGAGGAGGGCGAGCGGGGCUGGGGUCCGGAGGAGCGCUGCCUGGUGGCCGACCGCUCCACGCUGGCGCUGCAGUGGCGGGAACACUGGAGCGCCAAGCUGAGGGGGUUCAGGGGGCAGGACAAGAGGGGCCGCUGCCCCCCGAAGGGCCAUGCCCACAGGGGACGCCCCCAGCCUGAGGUCGCAUACGUCCCCCCCCACCUACUGACAGAGGGAGGGGACACGCCCACGCCACCGCACACCGCCGGCCCCGCCCCCCCCUCGACGACGCCUAAUCUGGUGUGUUCCACCGUAGAACCCCCGACAGGAAACAGAACCACCAGGAAAUAUUAGAACCACAGCAGGACGCCACGCCCCCCACCUGUGGACGCCACGCCCCCCACCUGUGGACACCAUGCCCCCUGGAUGCCACGCCCCCCACCUGUGGACACCACUCCCCCUGGAUGCCACGCCCAUCACCUGUGUACACCACACCCCCUGGACACAGAGACGGUCUAGACAUGACCCCUUUAACCCUUUAAUAACCCACAGAACCCGUUCAUGUUCAGGACUGGAGGACGCUGCAGCGUCAGGUUGUGAACCUUUGGUGGCGCUGUAGAAGAAGAAGAACCACUGAACAGACAAACCAAACAGCUGAUCGCUCACAUUCACCCUUUAACAAAAAGACAAAUAUCAAUAUAUAUUUUUUGUGCCAAAUUCUGUGUUAUUUUGUUUGUUGUUUAUUUAUCGAAUCCUUUAACGUCAUUUAUUAAAAGUCUAUUGAUCGGAACGUUUGACAUGUGUUCACUGGUUUCUAAAACCCAUAUUUGGACACUUCAAACCCACAUUCACUGAAAAUACUCGAACCUUCAGACAUUUAGAAACACUUGAUAUUUUCAGAACCAAAAAUGAAUGAGUUCAUCCAGAAAAAGUCAAUAAUUAAAGCAAAAAGGUUGAAAUAAUAAAUACAACCACAACAAAAACAGUCCAUGAACAGAUGGAAAAGAACCCACCCUUCCACACGAGAAAUCUGAAAACUUUUUAAACUGUCGGAAAAAACUAUGAUAUUUCACUUUUUCCGUGUAGUUCCAUAAACGUUCCUUGGUCUGGACUUUAAAUCUGAGUCUGUCCAUGAAACUGGGUUCAUGUUGGAACCAUCAGACCCAAUAAUAGAAGGGGUCCAAAAAUAGGACCCAAAUAUGGACAUUAAAUCUCCCUAGGUGUCAGUGCAUUAGAUGUGUAAACAUGUGUAAAUGCUCUUCUAUAGACUCCAAAUACAGACACUGUGUGGAUCCUAGU